UGUUCCAGUCAAUCGCAGGCCACUCUGCUGAGCAUCUUCUCCCAGGAGUACCAGAAACAUAUUAAAAGAACACAUGCCAAACAUCAUACUUCGGAAGUGAUUGAAAAUUAUUACCAGAGGUACCUGAGUGGAGUGGUGAAAAACGGAGCGGCCCCCGUGCUCCUGGAGCUGGCCAAUGAGGUGGAGUAUGCACCCUCAUUAAUGGCUCGGAUUAUACUGGAGAGAUUUCUACAGGAACGAGAGGCAACUCCACCCUCGAAGUCUGUGGUAAGCAGUAUGCUGCGGGACCCCUCUCAGAUUCCAGAUGGAGUCCUGGCGAAUCAGGUUUAUCAGUGCAUUGUGAAUGACUGCUGUUACGGACCACUGGUGGACUGCAUCAAACAUGCCAUCGGUCAUGAGCACGAAGUCCUGUUGAGAGAUUUGCUUCUGGAGAGAAACCUGUCCUUCCUCGAUGAAGAUCAGCUCCGUGCAAAGGGUUAUGACAAAACGCCAGACUUUAUUUUACAAGUACCAGUUGCUGUAGAAGGACACAUCAUUCACUGGAUUGAAAGCAAAGCCUCAUUUGGUGAUGAAUGCAGCCACCACGCCUACCUGCAUGACCAGUUCUGGAGCUACUGGAACAGGUUUGGGCCGGGCCUGGUCAUCUAUUGGUACGGAUUUAUCCAGGAGCUGGACUGCAACCGGGAGAGGGGCAUCCUGCUCAAAGCCUGUUUCCCCACGGACAUUGUCACCUUGUGCCACGGCACCGACUGACCCGCAGAGCCCGGAGAGAGGCCGGGGGAGCCGGGGCCGGAAGCAAUCUCGAAUUCCUGCUCCGUAAACUCCUGGCAGCGUCUGCCCUGAACUUCGGCUGAACUCUGGCCUCCGCGGUCGCAGGGCCGCCCCUCCAGACAAACGUAUCGCGAGUUUCUGUUUCCCUUCUCCCCUAGCCCGUGUGAGCCGCCGAGAACUACAGACACAGCCCACUCAUUAUCAGCAUUUCUGUCUCUGUCAGACAGUUAGUUUAUAGAUACUCAUAAUCUUCCUUCCUUCCGCAUGGCUUCUCCUGUGUACCCAACAAAAGCAAGAAUGUGGAGGCUGAAAGGUGUGAUUUUUCAAUUCGCCUCCUAGUUAUCAAAUCACCCCCUUAUUUUUUUCCCCUCUAAGCGCCCAUUCAUUCUCUCUCCCUCCCCCUUUCUCUUCACCUGCAUUCACGGGUACCAUGAGCAUGGAAUUACGUUCCCCAGCCUCAUGCAAUUACCCCGCAAAAGCGGAGGAGAGCUGGAGCGUGGCGGCGGGCCCAGUUCUGCUCCCGCCUGCGGGCCUCGCUGGUGCCCCGUGCGGGGCUGGAGGCCUCCGACUCCGGGCACUAAGUGUCGCUGCAGAAGCGCGCUGGCUGAGAAUCCAUCUUUUCAUACUUCCUGUUCCAACGCCACCGACGUCACUGUGUCUGGAACCCGGGCUCCUCUGCUCCCGAUGGCUGGUUUAGCUUCCAAGGGCUGUGUGUCCACGCCUUUUAGCCAUCAUUUUUAUGAGUAAUUUUUUUAGACAUGUGCUCUGUACACACUGCUUUUGUAUCUGCAUUUUAUAUCAUUUAAUUAUGUAACACUCAAAUCAUUUAGACAUUAGAAAUAUUCUGCUUUGAAUGAAUUAUGUGCCAAAAAUAAACAGCAAUUUUUAAAUAACCACAAUAAAAGAGAUUUUCGUGAUUGUUCA